CGAUCUGUAGUCAUCAUGGGCAAAGGAAAGAAAAUGUCUAAAACCGGCGACGGAAGAAGCGGGGAGGCACCGGAAACCUGUCGAUCCAAUGAGAACAAGCCGAAAAUGAACGGGGAUCUGGGACAUGGAGGUCAAUCAAAAAUCGACUCUUAUAUGACCCCUGCUAAAACGCCUAGCGCGCGUCCGCCUCUUCAGGAAGAAAACUCCACUCCGUUCCAUGAGGGUAAAGAUAUGAGGAAAGCCUCUUCAGGCACUCGCAAAAAAGCAGAAGUUCCUGAAUCAGAACGGCCAAGCACAGCCACAGAUGACAAGGACCGUGAAAGUAGUGUGUCAGAUAGUGCCCAGGGCCAGAAACAAACUUUGACUGCUGAGCCACAAAAGAAGUUACCCCCUGCUGACAGGAAGCCGGAGCCACAUAGGAUGGUCAAAGCAAAAUCUAACAGACGGAAAGUACAUGUAACCAAGUCUCCAAACAGAAAAGUUACAGACUAUUUUCAAGUUAGAAGAAGCUUUAGGAAAAACAAAACAGAACUAGAGUCCGAGGAAAAGAAAAGAAUAGAUGACCUAAUUACAAGUGGCAAAGAGGAGGGGAUGAAGAUCGACAUAAUUACUGGUAAAGGCCGAGGUGUGAUUGCAACUCGGGAUUUUUGUCGUGGAGAAUUUGUUGUCGAAUACUACGGGGAUCUUAUAGAGAUUACAGAUGCAAAGAAACGAGAAGCAGCAUAUGCCCGGGACGACUCCACUGGCUGCUACAUGUACUACUUCCAGUUUCAAAAUAAAACCUACUGUGUUGAUGCAACAAAAGAAACGAACCGUUUAGGAAGGCUUAUAAAUCACAGUAAGAGCGGAAAUUGCCACACCAAACUACACAAUAUCAAGAACUUGCCUCACCUCAUAUUGGUUGCAUCAAGGGACAUAAGCGCAGGGGAAGAACUUUUGUAUGACUAUGGAGAUCGGAGCAAGUCCUCCAUUGAAGCACAUCCUUGGCUUAAGAAUUGACUUGUAUAUGGCUGAAAAGAUUUUACCCCUUAUGAACUGAUUUGGUUUUAACAGCCUCCAUUCUUUCCAUUUGUUUUGCAUAUUUAACACUUAGAUGCAGACAGCCUUGAUCAUAGUAUUUUUAUAUCGAUAGUUUCUGUGCUUCCCAAGCAUGCAGUUGAUUGAAGAAUUUGUAUAUUUGUACAGAAGGAUGUUUGUCUUCAAGCGGUCCUGACAUAUGACCAUUGCUUCAGAUGUCUUGUUUGG